AUUAUAUAUAACUAUAUUUUCUAGCAAUCUGCUAUAUUUCAGUUUUAUACGAUCUGUAACUAUGAAGAUCCCCGAUGAUAACAUUUUGCCUUGGGGUUUGUUUGACUAGGUCAGGCGGCUGGACUCAUUCAUAAAGAAAUCUGGCGCGUCCAUAGAAGGGUUUUCUCUAUUACUGAUUACAUUGAUUUCAUACGUUGAGAAAAUGUCUGGAUCUCGCAAAUUUUUUGUUGGAGGAAACUGGAAAAUGAAUGGAAGUCAAGAAGAAAACAAAAAGUUGCUACAUAUACUCUCUGAUGCUCAUUUUGGUGACAACACAGAGGUUUUGAUCGCUCCACCUUUCGUAUUCCUACAAGAAGUUCGACGAACUUUGAAGAAAGAAAUACAUGUGGCUGCUCAAAAUUGCUAUAAAGUUCCAAAGGGUGCAUUUACUGGAGAAAUAAGUCCCGCAAUGAUAAAAGAUAUCGGUUGUGAUUGGGUUAUACUUGGGCAUUCUGAGAGGAGAAGCAUUUUUGGUGAAUCUGAUGAACUUAUUGCUGAUAAAGUUGAACAUGCAAUUGAUGAAGGUCUAAGUGUGAUCGCUUGUAUUGGUGAAACAUUAUCAGAGCGUGAAUCUGGUAAAACAGAAGAAGUAUGCGUAAGACAAUUAAAAGCUAUCGCAAAUAAAAUUAAAACAGCUGAUCAAUGGAAACGAAUUGUUGUAGCUUAUGAACCUGUAUGGGCUAUCGGCACUGGUAAAGUGGCUACACCACAACAAGCUCAAGAUGUUCAUCAUUUUCUUCGUCAAUGGUUUAAAACUAAUACACCAAGUGGUGUUGAUGAAAAAAUACGUAUUAUCUAUGGUGGAUCAGUGACUGCCGCCAAUUGUAAGGAAUUAGCACAUCAACCUGAUGUUGAUGGAUUUCUAGUUGGUGGUGCAUCAUUGAAACCGGAAUUUACUGAUAUAUGUAAAGCUAAAUAAUGUUGAACAUUGUUGAACAUGUUCUAUAAAAAUUUUUUCUUCUUGUUCCCCACCACUCCUCUUCAAUUUUAUCUCUUCUCUCAUAUCACUAUUUUCUCUCCUUUUUUAUGUCCAUUUUUUGUUUGCUUUGUUAUUAUUAUUAGUAAUAUCUCAAUAUUUACUGUAAAAAAAAACAAGACAUCCUUAUUAGUUCGAACCCCACAGUUGUUAUUAAUGAAGAAAUAAUAUAUGUUAAUUUAGUUCAUUAUUUCAGUUAUUAUCCAUUAAAAUUUAAAUUUGUUAUGUUCUAAAUAUACAAUGAAAUAAUUU